GGCAGUAGCAGUGGAUGUGUUAUUGGGUCCAAAUUUGAGUUUGGGAAAAAUGGUUUUACAUUUACAAGAACAAAACAUAGAGCCCCAAAAUCCAAUCUUGAAUUUUGAUGCCCUUCUAUGUGAGGAAGAUCGAUUAGAUGAGGGAGAUUUGGGAGGAGGGUACCACUCAGAUGAAAGAAAUCAGAAUGGGGUCAUCGAGAAUGUGAAAAAGAUUUCACCUUUAAUAGAAUGUGACUUGUUUUGGGAAGAUGGUGAGGUUGAAACUCUGUUAUCAAAGGAAAAAGUGAAUCUUUUUUAUUGUACUAGUUUAGUUUCAGAUGGGGUUUUGUUGGGGGUAAGAAAAAAGUCCUUGGAAUGGAUGUUGACUGUCAUUGACCACUAUGGUUUCAAUGCUUUGACUGCUGUGUUAGCUGUCAACUAUUUUGAUAGAUUUAUAUCUGGAGUUCUUUUUCAGAAGGUUAAGCCAUGGAUGAGUCAGCUUGUGGCUGUUGCUUGUCUUUCCAUUGCUGCUAAAGUAGAGGAGAUUCAAGUGCCCCUUUUGUUAGACCUUCAAGUAUCAAAUCCAAAGUAUGUGUUUGAGGCAAAGACAAUUCAGAAAAUAGAACUUCUGGUGUUGUCCACCCUCAAAUGGAAAAUGAAUCCAGUGACACCACUUUCAUUUAUAGACCAUAUCAUCAGGAGAUUUGGAUUGAUGACCAACCUAUAUUCGGAGUUCCAGGGGAAAUGUGAAAACAUCAUUCUUGGUAUCAUCACUGAUUCUAGGCUUCUGCAUUAUCCUCCAUCUGUAAUUGCAACUGUAACAUUGCUUUAUGUGAUCAAUGAGAUUGAGCCUUGCAAUGCAGUCGAUUACCUUAAUCAAUUUAUGGCUUUUCUUAAAGUUAGAAAGGACAGCAUUGAUGAAUGUCAUGAUCUCAUUCUAGAGCUAAUGGGCAUUUCUGGAUCCAAAAUCUACCAAACCCACAAGCGCAAAUGCCAAUCUAUUCCAGGUACUCCCGAUGGCAUUAUUGAUGCAUAUUUUAGCUGUGAAAGCUCUAAUGAUUCUUUGGCCAUGGCACCAUCAGUUUCAUCCUUGCCAGAACCUCAGUAUAAGAGAAGUAGAACGUAGGAUCAACAAAUUUUAUUUGCUCCAAUAAGUUCUGUGUCUUUGUUUUAGAUCACAGUUCUUCGCUGAGCUCACAUCCUCUAGAUUAUCUAAUUCGCAAUGGUGAUAUAUGGACACAGUUUUGGUAUGUCCUCUUAAAACACAACGCACAAUUAUAUAAUGUUCUAUCAGACAAUUAUAUGAUGUUGCAUUAUGUUUUCUGGACAUGUGAUGAAAUCCAUGUAACUGUUUAGACAGAUUUGAACAUGAAUUAAACUAUGUCUGAUUGGGAAUUGAAGGAAGAAUGAGUAAAAUAUA